AGUUUGUGUGUGUGUCUUCUUUACAAAAUGUAUCAAACAUAUCAAAGCUAAUAUUACUAUUUCCUGGAACAAUUUCUCUUUCAUUCUCGAACUGAGCAAAUACUUGAUUCAUUAAUGAUUUAUCUUGCCAUUCAUUUAUGUUGGGAGAAAACGCACUUUGUAAUUUGUUGAGUUCUUUUGACGCAACCAUUGCAUUGAUUUUAACAUUUUGCUUCCCUUUAGAAACUCGUGCUGCUGAGACAUUUUCGGAGUAAUUAUGCGGAGCAAGGAUGCUACUGUCAGAUUCUAUAUUACACAAUAAUGUGUUAUCUAACAACAACAGAGAUUCAACAGAAUGCGCAAUAAGAUCAGAUUUCAUUAAUAAGUGAAAAUGCCGAAGAAGAAGACCGGUCAGAGAAAAAAAGCCGAGAAGCAGAAGCUUCGACAGAAAGAAAUUAGAGCGGCUAAGGAGCAAGUGGAUUUAGCAAAAUAUCCUUGUAACUCCGUAAUGGAAUGUGACAAAUGUAAUAAGAAGCAGAAGAGUCGUGCCUUCUGUUACUUUUGUCAGAGUGUGCAACGUUUGCCCAUAUGCGCACACUGUGGCAAGAUCAAGUGUAUGUUAAAAACUGGAGACUGUGUGGUACGCCACCCUGGCAUCUUCACCACAGGAUUGGGAAUGGUGGGAGCCAUAUGUGAUUAUUGCGAAGCCUGGGUUUGCCACGGAAGACGUUGUCUCACUUCUCAUGCUUGCAUUUGUCCACUGAUGGAUGCUGUUUGUCAGGAAUGUGAGAGAGGAGUUUGGGAUCACGGCGGAAGGAUAUUCAAGUGCUCAUUUUGCGAUUGCUUUUUAUGCGAAGAUGAUCAAUUUGAACAUCAAGCAUCCUGUCAAGUAUUGGAAGCAGAAAGUUUCAAAUGUCAAUCAUGUAAUCGUUUAGGACAAUAUUCCUGUCUCAGAUGUAAAACAUGCUAUUGUGAGGAUCAUGUUCGUAGAAAAGGUUUUAAAUAUGAGAAGAAUAAGCCUAUUCCAUGUCCAAAAUGCAGCUAUGAGACAUCACAGACUAAAGAUUUGAGCAUGUCCACAAGAAGUCACAAAUUUGGUAGGCAAAAUCAAGGUGGUCCAUCAGAAUCUGAUGAUGAAAAUGGAUAUGAUUAUGGAAAUCAAGAUUCGUGCUUUGGAACUAGUUAUGCUAAUAAUGAUGAAGACAAUGAAGAUGACGAUGAUGACGACGAUGAUGACGAUUACGAUGAUGAUGAAGAUGAGGAUGACGAAAAUGGAGAUGAUGAUGAAUCGUCGAGUGCAGAUGAAGAACAGAAAGAUACUAACAUACAACAUACUUCAAAUAGUAAUACAAAUAAAGCUUAACGCUUACAUGUUUCAAGUUAUAUAUUAAUUAAAAAAAUUAAAAAAUGUUUAAUGUUUUAGCAGAAAC